AUGGAUCGGUGGUCAGGUAAAAGAGCCAUUGAGACACGACCUGACUCUAGAAAAGGAGCUGGUGUUGUUUUGAGAGACAGAUUUAACAACAAUGCUUGCAAGGUUCCUAUUUGCAGUGACGAGAAGAAACCAAUGAAGUUUACUCGGUUUGUUGGCUCUUCAGACAAGAAAGAGAAGUCAGUGUUGUCUUCAUACCGCUCUUCGCCAAAUGGGAAGGAAGUAAUUGGAACUUCCUCCAAGAUCUGUGGCUCUAGCUCCUCCUCUUCUGUGAAAAGCGAGAAGCAAGUCAUUGAUUCAUCAGAGAGCAGCAGAGGAAGCGAAGAAGACGAGGCAGAGACGGAAGAGAUCUUGGAACUUGGAAGUGAUAAAAGAAGAGUUGUUUAUGGAAAAGCCGAAGCAGAGUCCUCAAAGUUGCCAUCAAGCUCAAGAAUCAAGAGAGGUUUCAGGGAGAGAUUUGGGUUGAGCAAGCAAGAGUUUCGUCCCGGUCCUUCUGGUCACCAGCCAACAUCUGCAAACCGGGGAUGCAGCCCGUUGUUAUCCGGUGUGAUCCCAAGUGGUUUUGGAUUGGACACAAGAUUAAGCAGGAAGGCAGACACAAUCAGCAAGAGAAAAGUUUAUGGAGAAAGCAGUUCUAGCUCCUCAGCUAGAGGGAAGAACAUAACAGAACCGAUAGCUGAAGAGAGACGCCGUGGUUUUAACCCGAGAGGUCCUGUUUCCGAUAGCAGACGGGGAAGACAAAGCAUUUUGAAUGAUGACAAUGAUGUUACGUUAGUUGGGAGUCAGAGGUCGGUGAAUAGAAGUAGUGGUCGCAUUAGAUUCUCAAACCGAGGGAGUGGUAGAAACGGUUUACCUUCUAUUACGACAGCGGAUAUGUCUCAAACUGAUGCAUCCAACAAUCUCAACUCUCCUGUCUCUCUGGAGCUCUUCUCUGGUUUUCCAGAGUUUGGUCUCUCUGGUUCCUUAUCGAGUCAAGACAGUUUCCGUAGUUACAAUUUAGAUGGGAUCUCUGAGAUUUUGCCAGAACUUGAUAGGAUCGAACAAGAUAUUGAGCUUAAUUACGAGGAACUGCUUAUCAUGGAGACGGGUUUACUUCUCGGUGGACUAAGCUUGUAUGACCAACACCGAGACAUGAGGCUGGACAUCGAUAACAUGUCAUAUGAGGAGCUACUAGCUCUAGAAGAGAGAAUUGGUACAGUAAGCACUGCUCUCACAGAAGAAGCAAUAUCAAAGUGCUUGAAAACAAGCAUCUAUCAGAAGAAGCCUUCCAGUUAUGGGCCUAUCACCAAAAGUCCUUGUGACCACAAGGAAGAUGCUGAUCAGAAGGAAGAAGCCAAAUGCAGCAUAUGCCAGGAAGAGUAUACAAAAGGAGAUGAAGUUGGAAGGCUACACUGUGAGCACACAUUCCAUGUGAAGUGUGUGCAAGAGUGGUUGCGGAUGAAGAGUUGGUGCCCUAUCUGCAAAGCCACUGCAGAAACCUCCUCCUCCUCCUCUAAAUAA